AUGGUCUCGAAUUUCCCAUAUUGGGCAUCCCUCUCGAGAUCCUCCACCUCUUGUCUCAUUGGCUUGAAACAAUGUCUGCAUCGCUGUUACAUCACACGUGUUACAUCACACGUGUACAUUACUUUCCCGUGGCUGAUUACGGAUGCUGAUUACAGAUGCUGUCCACAGAUUUCGGACUACCUUGACCUUCAAUGGCUUUUGGCUUUACAAACUCCGUCGCGAGUCCCCUCUCUGCUCUUGAACAAAAGCACAAGCGAGAAGAAGAGAAUAUUGCAGUGUACAAAAAUCAAUCUUUACCUUGUCGACAGGCCAUGUCGUCCUCCUCUCAAUUCAUUAAUCGCCUGCAGCAAACACCGUCGGAUAUCCUCAUAA